AUGAACUACCUUUUUUCAGUUUCUUUUCAAAAUAUUUUCUCCUUUUUCUUCACCGCCAAGUUUCUUUUCGUGGUUGGAAAUAUCAUAGUCAUCAUCCUCUUCAGAGAAUCUAUACAGCCAGUCUCAAAUUCAUCUCCGGCGAUAGAGAUUUACGACGAAUAUGUUGCUCAAAUGCGCCGAAGUUACAUGGCACCUGCACCGUCCAAUUAUAUGCAAGCAACCAAGAAAAAGGAGUUUCGUGCAGAAAAUAAAAAAGUGAAAAUGUGUAGUGGGGCUGUGAAAAGGGAAAAAAGAGAGAAAGAAGAGAUGAAAAUUAUACCAACUGGGGAGUUGAAUCAGAGAAUGGAAUCUAAACAGGCAGGCUCCAAUUCAUCUCCAGUGACAGAGAUUUCCGACGAAUAUCUUGCACCAACAAACAAGAAAGUACAGGAGGAUAAAACGGAAUAUGCUGAAGAUAAAAUGUUACAUGCAGAAAAGACAAAAGAAAUGAAAGUUUGCAGUGGGAUCGUGAAAAGGGAAAAAAGAGAGAAAGAAGAGGAGAAUUAUAUACCUACUGAGGAAUUGAAUCGAAGGGUGGAGGCUUAUAUUGGAAGAGUGAAUAGACAGAGAUUGCAUGAAGCCGAAUCAUUAUUGCGCAGUGGAAUUGUGGUGUGUAUUGGAAUCAAAGAAAAUGAAUUACUUUAA